ACGAGUAUCUUAAGAUGGAUCCGAUAUAAGAAUUGGAAUAGAAUAGUCUCAUGACUCAAGCAUAACUCCCCGGAAUUGUUGAUAGGACACAAGACUAGGUUACCAGUUAUAUCCGACGAGGAUUCGCUGUUUAUAACCUAUAAUCUUGGGCCUUCUUGACAAGUUUGAGAUACAAGUUCAAGAGUAAACUUCAAAUAACCCUUUCAAAAUGCCUUCUGUCGACCUUGAAUACCCCAAGCAACCUUACAGCAAGGUUAACCGAUAUGACUCUCGAGCUACCUAUGCUCUAGAGACUAUCCACCAGAUAGUGAACGCCUGUCCUAUUCUUCACGUCUCCUUCGCCGUUCCUAACUCCCCCUUUCCUACAAUCCUACCUAUGAUAGGACAGAUGGGCUCGUUUGACCGGCCUAGCGCGGAUACGGGGGAUGUACUCGAGUUAUAUCUUCACGGCUACGUUUCAUCGCGUUUCGUGAACUUAUCGCGGAACGCCACCAACGACACCGCCUCGUCAGGGGAGGAAGAGGGACUGCCGAUAUGUGUGGCCGCCAGCCAGGUGGAUGGCCUAGUCCUAUCACUCACUCCCAACUCGCACUCUUACAACUACCGUUCGGCAUCACUAUUCGGGCACGCGAAGCUAGUGACCGAUAUCGAGGAGAAACAAUACGCCAUGGAACUCAUCACCAACUCCGUAGUCCGCGAUCGUUACCGCCACACUCGCGUCCCGCCCAACGCUGCCGAGAUGCAGAGCACCAGCGUCCUACGCGUCAAGAUCUCCGCCGGGAGCGCCAAGCUCAGGACCGGCAUGCCCAACGACGACAAAGCAGACAUGGAGAACGGCGAGCUCCUGGACAAGGUAUGGACAGGUGUGGUCCCCGUGCAUUACACUCUGGGAGAGCCGAUCCCCGGGCUGUAUAAUAGGGUAGAGCAGGUGCCGCCGUACCUGCGAGAGUUCGUCGCGGAUUCUAACCGCUAUGCGAAGGAACUUGCUGUUGAGGAUGCUAUGAAGCCGAUGGCAGCGAAGCCGAAACAUCAUGAUGAGGACUAAUUUCGGUCUAGCCCAGGGGCGUUGUCUCCUAAUCUUUAAGAAUUAUGCUUAUUAUUUAUUACCAUUGAAUAAUCUCAGAGUUGAAACUGGCCGGCUUCAUAUUGGUCUCAUUGCUGUUAAAUCAUUCCCUACCUACCUAACCUACCUCUGUCUUUAACGAUCACAAUCUUCCCAUAAUAACGAAAUAACAUACUUUUUAAUAUACCUAUUCGAUAUUUCGUACUAGAUUAUUCGGAUAUAUACUACAUAUCUAGUAGUUGUAUCAUAGGCAAGUGCACGAAAUACUCGCAGUAACGUUACCGCGCUCACCAGUUCUCCCAGAUAUAGUGCGGUAU